AGUCGGCUUUUUAUAUUGCAGUGUACAAUGAAUUGUAUCAGACAGGCCACUUUGAGACGAUGAGUGUAUCGGCAGAUGAGGACGAGCACAGCAUUGAAAUGCACUUGCCCUACAUAGCAAAGGUUAUGGAAGAUUUCCGGGACCAGUUCACCAUUGUCCCCAUCCUCGUUGGGUCACUCACGCCGGAGCGAGAAGUACACUAUGGGAGGCUGCUUGCGCCCUAUCUUGCAGACCCUCAGAGCUUAUUUGUGAUCUCCUCUGACUUCUGCCACUGGGGUCAGCGCUUCCGUUACACCUACUACGACCGCUCUGUCGGGGAGAUCUGGCAGUCGAUACAGAAGCUCGAUAAGCAGGGGAUGAACUUGAUUGAGACUUUAAACCCGAGUGCCUUUACCGAGUACCUGAAAAAGUACGGCAACACCAUCUGUGGCCGCCAUCCUAUUGGCGUCUUGCUCAAUGCGGUUGCAACUCUCCAAAAGACAAGCAAUGGCCACCGCAUGUUGCUCAAAUUUCUGCAAUAUGCCCAGUCUUCGCAAUGCUACACUUCAUCUGAUUCUUCCGUGUCGUAUGCUGCUGCCUCUCUCAUAUUUGAAUAAACCUUAGGUGCCCUUGCAUGAGGCGUAUUCUUGAGGUGGAGUGUGAUAGCUUGAGAGGUGAUGAUGAUGAUGACUCAAAGAAAUACUUAUCUAUGCAUUAUAAGUUAAUAUGUCUUUAAGGUUGGGAAGGUUAAGGAAAUAGAUUAAUGAGAAGAGCUAGAUAUAUAUGUAUUACUUUCAAGAAGAGACCAGAAAAGAAGAUAAAUUGUUUAAACUUGGGUAGAGCACACUAUGAUUCAAAAUGUUUAUUAAUGAUUUUUUUCAAUAUAGUUCAACUUUGGAUUUGUAUGUUUUGAAGAAGGUUGGUGAAGAAAUUUUAUUUAUUUAUUUAUUUUUUUCUCUUACCCUGUUUAGAAAAUCACAGCCCUAACUUGCACACACUAUCCACUCAAAAUAACGUAUUAUAGAUGAAUGUCACAUAGCUCCUCUCUCAAAAUGCGUCUCAAAUCAGGGCCAAAAGGGGGGCUGGCUGGCAAUACUGCCGCUUCUUCUGCCACGAGUGAGAGCGAAACACCUUCCCACUCGGAUGUAAAGAAUUGUUGACCAAUUUCCAGUCUUGGGGCAGGUAUGUGGGUUGCUUUUGGGGCAGGGAGAUGAUAUCCCUUACCUUGGAAGGUCCCACUAGGCUCGAGGGUUGGAGAUUGUGUUGUCCUUUUUUUAUCUUUUUUUCUUUUUUCUUUUUUUUUUAUUUUGGUGAUUUGACACUCAGGGCCAUUUUAUAACACGUGCUUAUAAUGAAUAUAAUAAUGAUGUGUGUGUUUUGGGGUUAUGGUCUUAUCUAUGAGCGAUAAUCCCCCACUUUCUUCAGAAUAAACAGUCAAAUAGCCCCCCACCAAUGCCUCUGUGAUGCUUUGAAAUAGAGAGUAUAUACAAUUCCUUUUUUUUUUUUCUUCUUCUUUUUUUUUUUUUUUCCUUCAAGGGGAGGGGGUUAGGAUUAUUGUUACUUCCCCCACCCUCCUCCUCCUGUCCCCUUUUCAGUCUCCCGUUUUUGAAAGAAAAGGAUUUCAAAAAGGUCUGGGUAUCUGCUGUUCCUCUUUGGUGUGAGAAUUAAUGGGAAGAUAUUUUAUUAACGGUUAUUUAGAUUGGAGUCUCAUGGUCCCCCCCUACCCCCCCACCCCCACCCCUCUAUCGUAUCACCCCCAGCCCUCUCUCCCAUCAUCAACCCUCCCCCCUCCCCAUAAACCUUGCCUUGCACUUGUCACACGCACUCGGCAAAGGCGAAACUUUUGGGUGCGUUGUGGCCAAAAGCUCGAAGAAGUAAGCUCCAAUUUACAGACAUUCCCAAUAUUGUUUUAUUUUAUUUUUUUAAAGGGGGGGUGGGUGCACGUCUGGAACACAAAACUUCUUGUGGAAUGAUCUCAUUGUAGCACACCUGAUGCCCCUUCCCUCCAGUAACCCUGCACCCAUGCCUAAUCCCCUGCCCCUCCUCUCCCUCUUCACAUCUCAUGAACACUCAACAACAGAUGACAGGUUGAUUGAGUCAUAUAUGCCAACAUGCACAUUCAACACAUGUAUCUAUAUACUCAAAAAACAAUUUUUUUUUUUUUCAUUAUAAUUCUUAUCACAUGCAUGCACACUCACAACUCAUGUGCAUGUGCACGCACACACGCAC